AUGGAAGUCGACUCGCUAGGUGGAAGCAAGUACUUGCUACUGAUCGUCGAUGAAGGCAGCGGAUGUAUGAAGGGUUUCAGUCUUCGCGCCAAGUCCGACAGCGUAGAGUGCAUCAAGAAGUACAUCAUGGCAGUACAGACGCGGUUUAACUACAAGGUCAAGUUCAUUCGACACGAUGGUGCACGCGAAUUUGCGGCGAAUUCGCUCAGGGCAUUUUAA